AUGUGUAUGGGUCAGCCUCCCCGCAAGUCGAAACCUGAGAGAAGAAGGCGCAAAGGCGCUCCUCGGCACAACCCGUUGUACGAGGACGUGCUGGACGCGCAAGGCAUUCCUCUGCCUGGACGCGCCAUAGAUGCUCCAAGGAACGCAAAGAUAAAACAAGCGGUUGAAGAUGCUGAAGCUGUUGAGAAAUGCGCCCGCGAUGAUCAAGAGCAGGAGGGCCUGCUGCCGCCAAAACUUGGGAAGAAACUCCUCAAGCUCGUUGAGGAGCAGCAGAAAGCGGAAGGAAUAGUCGACGCAUCUGAUGGAGAGGCCAGUGGCCUCGAUGAGGAGAAGGCAGACAAAGACGGAUUUGUUGUUUUGGAUUGCGAGGAGGAUGAGGAGGACUUGGUAUUCGAGAAACAACGGGCUGGAAGCUCUGCGGCACGGGCAACAAUUAAUCUUGCGGACCUCGUAAUGGAGCAGCUCAAGAAACAGACAGAAAACAAGGAUAAUUCACAGGAACGGCGUGUGGAAUCAUCCCUGUCGCCGAAGGUUGUGGAGGUUUACACGGCCAUGGCGCCUUUUCUCGCACGUUACAGGAGCGGAAAGAUGCCAAAGGCCUUCAAAAUCAUUCCGCGAUUGCAUGCUUGGGAAGAAAUACUUGUGCUUACGAAUCCGCAUAUGUGGUCUAAGCAGGCCACACGGGAGGCAACGCGGAUAUUCUGCAGCAAUCUACGAGAAGCAAUGGCACAGCGGUUCCUCUGCACAGUCCUACUACCGGCUGUACGUGACGACAUCGCGGAGAACAAAAAGCUAAAUUAUCAUCUCUACAUGGCGUUGAAGAAGGCACUGUUCAAACCAGGCGCAUUCUUUAAGGGCAUUUAUCUACCACUGGCCCUCGAUGGCUGCACGAUCCGGGAGGCUGUGAUUGUCGGGAGUGUUGUGGCAAAAGUGUCAAUCCCUGUGCUUCAUGGCGCUGCAGCUUUGUUCCGACUAGCUGCAGUAACACCGGACCAAUGGAUACCAUCUGUUAGCCAUAUGAUGACCGUUUUAAUUGACAAAAAGUACUCACUUCCAGUUCAGGCUAUAAAUGAAUGCGUUGACCACUUCCAUCGAUUUGCGUCGAGCGAAGUUAGAGUUACCGUGGCAUGGCAUAAGUGCCUGCUGGUGUUGGUGCAGCGGUACAAAGUUAAUUUAUCAGCGAGUCACAGAAUGAAGCUGAAGGCUGUUCUCCAGUCUCAUUUCCACGCCAAGGUCGGGCCGGAAAUUCGAAGGGAGCUUGCAGCCCAGCAGCCCGCGCUUCUACUAGAGCAGCAGCAGCGCGCACUGCUCGAACUUGCCGAAAAGCAUAGAAACGCGGAAGACAUUGAAGUUGACUGA